GGAGGCAGCAGCUCAGCACCUUGGAGAGCACCUGUCACUUCAGCUCCUUGCAAUGAUCUCUUCAGCACCCUGGACAGCUACAGCAGGUACUGCGCAUACUCCAGAUCAGGGAUAGGACCCGAAUGACGAGGGGUUCAAUGUGAAAUAUAAGUUGGAGACGUGAAGAAGUGGAGCAGACUUGGCAUGGAUGCCUUUGCCUGUGCACCUCUCCAGUGACCUGGUCUCCUGCACCCCCAGAGGAAGCCUUGGAUGGAUGCGCGUUGCAUUGCUAUGAUUUGGAUGCGCCUGAACAUUUGGAAAGUGAGUCUCCUCCUCACUUGCCUUCCCAAGUGGACUACCUGCAGAUGGACCUCCUGCUGACCCUGCCUGCUGACCAAGUCUGACCAUGGAAUGGGUGACGACUCCUCAAUAGCUCCAAGCAUGCAGGAGGCAGAGCAGAGCGAUCUUCUGGGGAUGUUUCCACUCUUCUUCGAGGAGAGACAACUCAACAGGAGCAAUGAGUCCCUGCAGGACUUCUUCAGGGGGUUCAACUUGGAGAAGUCGGACAUCAUAGGGGACAGCUCGGCCAUAGUGAGGAUCGUGAUCUCCAUAGUCUACUCGGUGGUGUGUGCCCUUGGACUAGUGGGCAAUGUUCUGGUGCUGUAUCUUAUGAAGACCAAGCAAGGCUGGAAGAAAUCCUCCAUUAACCUCUUCGUCACCAGCCUGGCGGUCACAGACUUCCAGUUUGUCUUGACUUUACCCUUCUGGGCAGUGGAGAAUGCCCUGGACUUCAGCUGGUUGUUUGGCAAAGCCAUGUGCAAGAUAGUGUCUUAUGUGACUGCCAUGAACAUGUAUGCCAGCGUCUUCUUCCUGACGGCAAUGAGUGUGGCCAGGUACUACUCUGUGGCCUCAGCGCUGAAAUCCAAGCGCAGACCUAUAGGCUGCUCUGCCAAGUGGGUGAGUGUCUUGAUCUGGGUCUCGGCCAUUGUUGCCUCUUUGCCCAAUGCCAUUUUCUCCACCACUGCCACUGUGUCCAGCGAGGUCCUCUGCUUGGUCAAGUUUCCAGUCAAUCAUGGCAAUGCCCAGUUCUGGUUGGGACUCUACCAUGCCCAGAAGGUCCUGCUGGGAUUUGUCAUCCCCUUGGCUAUUAUAACUAUCUGUUAUUUACUCCUGGUUAGGUUUAUUAGUGAUAGAAAUGUCAGUUCCUCCAGUACCAAGAGGAGAUCUAAGGUGACCAAGUCAGUGACCAUUGUGGUGCUGUCCUUCUUUUUAUGCUGGUUGCCCAACCAAGCCUUGACCACCUGGGGGAUCCUGAUAAAACUCAAUGUGGUCCAGUUUGGUUAUGAGUACUUCACCACCCAGGCUUACAUCUUCCCCAUCACUGUUUGCCUGGCACACUCCAAUAGUUGUCUGAACCCCAUUCUUUACUGUCUGAUGCGCAGGGAGUUUCGCAAAGCCUUGAAGAACCUCUUCUGGAGGAUGACCUCCCCGUCCCUCACCAACAUGCGCCCCUUCACUGCCACCACCAAGCCAGAGCAGGAUGAGCAUGGACAUGGCAUGGUGCCCCUUAACCCUGUGGAGCCCGAUGUCAUCUGUUACCCCCCAGGAGCUGUCAUCUACAAUGGCAGAUAUGAUCUCCUACCCAGCAGCUCCACAGGACAGCGCUACUGAGACUAGAAGACGCGUUUCUUAGGGCUGAGUGGUUGCCUUCAAGCAGUAGGACUUAUAGGACACUAUUAAGAGUUGAUUAUAAAAAUCUAUAAUGCAGAUAGGCUAUGCUUUUGUAUUGCACAUUUUUAUAUGAUGUAGCAGAGCUGAGUUGGCCUGGCAGCACCUGUCAUUAUCUCCGAAACGCGUUAGCUGGGAUUUUCCUUAGUAAGGCUAUAAACACAUAUUUUAGGACCAUUCAAGCCCUUAGGGCAAUGUUUCCCAAGCAGGCUGCCUCCAGC